AUGGCGUCUCUCAAGAAAUCAAAGAAAAGCAAGAAAUAUAGGAAAUUGAAGAAAAACUUAAGCUUGGUUCCAGUCGAGCCUAAAGCCGCAGACUCUGACUGGUGGGAUAGUUUCUUCAACCCAAGCCGCAAUUCACCUCUGGAGGUUGACAAGUUUGACUUUGUUGUUUGCAUGAGUGCCUAUAUCGGCGUCGUUUUUGGCAGCGUUGAAACUGGACUAGUUUUAGCGGUUGCAAUAUCUGUGAUCAGGGUAGUUUUGUUUGUGGCAAGGCCAAGGACUUUUGUUCAAGGAAACCUUCCGAAUUCCAUGGUUUACAGAAAUGUUGAGCAGUAUCCCAAUGCAAGCAACGUUCCUGGAAUUCUCAUACUUGAGAUUGAUGCUCCCAUUUACUUUGCAAAUGCCAACUACUUAAGAGAAAGGCACACAGGUUGGAGAGGACUUGAUGAAGGCAUCGUUGUACGGGUCAUCAAAAGCCAUAGAAAGGCAACCUGCUCUGCUUCAGAUGGUACCAAGAAAAGAAAUACCAGUUUCAAGAAAAUAAAUAGUGAUGCAGGAGUUCGCGUGAGUGACUAUGCUGUCAGUGAGUUUGUUCAUGUGGACUUUGAGAAUGGUGCAACAACUACUCACAGAAGAUCUAAGGAGGAAGCUUGGUUUGACUCAGUGAGUAUUCUGGAGUCUGACUCGGAUGAUGACUUUAUCAGUCUACAUGGUUUUCCAUUAGCAAGCAAUCCAGUUGGGAAUAUCUCAAGUGGCCAAGUACUUCAGUACGAAAGAUCUGCUUGCUUUGUUGAUCAUGGGUGUAAGUAUGAAGAAUACCAAAGCUAUAUGAAAAUAGAUGGAGGUAAAUCAGAUAAAAUCACAGGCAAAGAUGAGCGCAGGGAAUCAAAUCGGUUUUCACUUAUUAGUACCCAGGGCUAUGUGCUUUCUCACUUAGGGAAGGCUGAUGAAGUUUGCAGUAAGAGGAAGAAUAUAUUAGAUCACUCUUAUGGAAGCUUUAAAGGACUUAUAGAGGAUGGACAUGAUUCUAAUGAAAAAAUUCAAGACAAUGCCCUGAAAUCUGGCUUAUCUCAGUUGGUACCUUCUGUAAGUUUCAAUGAUAAGAUUCUAAGUGCAGAGAGUUUGGUUCCACAGUCCCAGAGAAAGUCAUCAGCUGUUUUCAGACUUUCUUUUAAAAGGAGAUCCUGUGAUGCAGAAGAAACCAUUGAACAAUGUCAAUCAAAAAGGUUUUUGUAUCGGCCUAGACCAGGAUAUAUCAUUCCAUGUUGCAGAGUAGAGAAGCUGACUUCAGGAUUUUGGUCUGAGAUUCCACCCUCAACUUUUAAAUUCCAUGGCGAGAACUAUUUCAAUCCAUAUACUCCAAUAGGUGUUGAUGUGUUUGUAUGCCCCAAAAAGAUACAUCACAUUGCCCAGCAUCCUGAGCUUCCCAAAGUGAAAGCAAAUGGGAAAGCGUUCAUUGUAAACAUGCAGUUGCCGACUUAUCCUGUUGCAAUGUUUCUUGGUGAUACUGAUGGAGAGGGGAUGAGUCCUUAUAAUAAAAUGGUUGACGAUGAGACAGAAAAAGUUAAAGGAUUGGCAAAGGACUCCACUGUACCUUUUAGAGAAAGACUAAAGAUCUUGGCUGGGGUGGUAAAUCUUGAGGAUCUCGGUCAGAGUUCUGCUGAGAAGAAGCUUGUACAUGCAUAUAAUGACAAACCAGUUCUUUCACGCCCCCAGCACAAUUUUUACAAGUUCGCAACGUCAGAUGAACAUCCAAGGCAGUUUCUUUGUAUGCCAGAAGAAGCCCAGAAGAUGGAGCUUUUUGCAAACAACAAGAUUCAGGCAUUUCUGUUUUACCUCAGUAUUGGUUUGUACCAGCACAUUGGCAUGGGUGUAAACCUUCCAGGUCAUCAUCUGGUCAUUAUUAAGGAGUAUAUUGCAGCAGCUGUUCUUCAGGACAAAUUUACGAGCAGCACAAUGAUCCUCUUGUACUUAAAUAUGAUGUUUAAUCCAGCUUACUAUGGCUUGGACAAUACUGGACCUGAAGCUCUCAGCUCUUACUUGUCUAGGUUAGUGCAAAACACAUUUGAGGAUCUGGAAGACAGUGGAUGCAUCAAGAUGAAUGAAGACAAUGUAGAGCCAACGAUGCUGGGUUCAAUAGCAUCCCAGUAUUAUCUUAGCUACAUGACUGUAUCAAUGUUUGGUUCAAGCAUAGGAUCAUAUACAUCGCUUGAAGUCGUCUUGCAUAUCCUAUCUGCUGCUUCUGAAUAUAAUGCAGUUCCUGUGCGGCCUAACGAGGACUGCUUAGAUGAUCCACAUGUCAAAGCCAAUAUGCUAUUUCAGUUAGAAUUACCAUUCAGUGAUUACGUCACAGGCUUGAUUCUUGAAGUCAGUAUUGGAUCAAAAGAAAGCAACGCAGUAGAGACUCAGAACAGAGGAAAAGGGAUGGGGAAGAAAGCAAAGACAUCUAGAAAGGGAAAGAAGGCAUGGAGAGCCAACAUAAGCACAGAAGACAUUCAUGACUUCUUCGAGCAGUCAACCAAAGAUGCUCUCUCCGGUGGUUCUCUUUCCUCUGCUCCCGCCGAGUCGCUCUUCUUCGUCGACAAGUCCAAAGAUCUUUCGGUGAAGAGGAAGAUUGAAAAACAUAGACAGAAAGUACUCCAUGUUGAGAGCAUGCUACAGAAAAACCCAUUUGUACAAGCAGUGCCUUCUUCGACACUGAAGAAAUCGAAGAAAACAUUUAAAGAGGUUCCAAAGCCAAAAGAUGCGACUGAAUGUGGUCCUCAGGGUUCUGUCUCAACUUCGGGCAUGGCUGACUUAUGGGGUGAUAAAGGUGGUGACAACAGCAAGACCAAGAAGACGGCGAAGCCAUCACUUAUUCCUGCUGUAGAAGUUGAGCCUCCAGGAUCCUCAUUCAAUCCCACAUUUGAAAGUCACCAGGAAACAUUGGCUCAUGCUGUUGCACAAGAAAUGCACAAAGUCUAUAAAAAAGAGUUAGGACCUCAACCAGUUCCUCUAACUGUUCCUGGGGAGGCUGUUGAUGAAGAAGAAAUGUAUUUUCUCGAUGCUGAUGAAGGCACUGAUGAUGAUAUGAAUCCAGAAAAUUUGGAUGAGAAUGAGGAUGCUGCAUCUGAGAAAAGGCCUCUUAAAGCAAAGAGGGUGACAACAGUCAUGUUAAAUAAGAGAGCUAGGCGUAAAGAACAGCUUAAAAAGGAAGCAGAAGCGAAAAAGGCACAGAAGCUUUCCAAAGAAAUUGAUGGCUUACCAGAUAUUCUUCAGGAAAUAGCUAAAGAGGACGAUGAGAAGCAUAAAAGACAUAUUCGACGAGUUGUAGCCAAAAAAGAGAAACUAAAGUCAUGCCCCCCACGCUUGGGGAAGCACAAAUUCGAGCCUGCCCCAGUUCAAGUCCUCUUGACCGAAGAAAUAACUGGAUCCCUUCGGAAACUGAAGGGUUGUUGUACCCUUGUCAAGGAUCGGUUCAAGAGCCUAGAAAAAAGAGGAUUAAUCCCGCCAAAAUUAAACAAAAGGUCCAUUGGAUUCGGUCCCAGAAAACAACACUUAAGUGAGGCACCUGACCCAGCGGCUUUAGGCCUUUUAUCUCCCCGCCGAGUCCAAGACCUGCUCUGCUCUUCAAUUUCGCCGCAGCGAGCAUCGACGGAAAAAUCUCAGUCAUCUCUUUGCACUAUGCGCACGUUAGCAGCCAGGCUCACCACUUAUUACUGUAGAAGAAACCCAGUACGGAAUGCGCAGCCUCGCAAUUUCUCCACUUACAAUGGAAGAGAUGAGCUCUCCCUUGAACAGGACGCUGAAAGAAAAAUCGGAUGGCUGUUGAAGUUGAUAUUUGCUGGGACUGCAACUUGCAUAGCUUACAACAUCAUGCCAUAUAUGGGAGAUAAUUUGUUGCAACAGUCCGUGUCACUUUUAACAGUCAAGGAUCCUUUGUUCAAGAGAAUGGGGGCUUCUCGAUUAGCUCAGUUUGCGAUUGAUGAUGAAAGGAGGAUGAAAAUAGUGGAGAUGGGUGGUGCUCAAGAGCUCGUAAACAUGUUGGUGGAUGCUAAAGAUGACCGCACAAGGAAGGAGGCUUUGAAAGCUCUUUCUGCUCUGUCACCCUCAGAUCAAGCUAUUGGAGCUUUACACCAAGCUGGGGCAAUCUCAGUUAUCAGAUCAACCCCUGAUUCCUUGGAGAGUGCUGAAAUUGAGAAAUACAAGUCAGGCUUGCUCAAGAGAUUUCAAGAUCUUAGAUAUGAUAUUCCGUCUACAAAUGUGUCAAGGUCUUCAGACUCUUAG